AUGAUAUCCAGCUGGCGAUGUAUUGGACUCUCUGGUCCUGGUUUGAGCAGAUCUUUGGCUGCUUCUCGAAGCCUCUCGUUAAAGCCUAACUUCUCCAAGUUGAAAAAAAUUCCCCAGCCACCUGGUUUCGUGGUGGGAACAGUCAACGAUGCAUACGUUCAUCCCACUCCAAACCACUAUGAAGGAGGAUACCACUGGACAUACGACCGGGCGAUUGCCAUUGCCAUGGUUCCGAUGGCGUUGACUCCUUUUGUUGCUGGCGUUGAAUAUCCGAUUAUAGAUACCAUGUUUUGUUGUGGACUCUUAUUCCACUGCCAUAGUGGUUUCAAGUCUUGUAUCAUUGAUUACAUCCCAAGACGAGUAUACGGCGUUUGGCAUGGACUUGCUUCCAAGUUGUUGGCACUUGGAACGGCGGUGGGACUUUACGGGAUAUACGUUCUUGAAACCGCCAAUAAUGGUCUCUUUGACUUGGUCAAAUCCGUGUGGUAUCUGUAA